AUGGAAGAUGAUCUUUCCUGUGCUGUUUGCCAUGAUCUGUAUAAAGAUCCUGUCUUACUCGACUGUGAUCACAGCUUCUGCCGAUCCUGUGUAACCCUGUACUGGGAGAAAGCUGACACUGCCUGCUGUCCUAUCUGUAGAAUAGAGACUUCCUCCAAGAUCUUGAGACCCAACCGCACUCUUUCCAACAUCGUGCAGACAUUUGUAAAAAGCAGUAAAUUUGGUGAAAUUCAGCAGAGAUGCAGCCAUCACAAGGAGAAGCUGAAGAUUUUCUGUAAAACUGAUAAUCAGCUCAUCUGUCUUGUUUGUCAGGUUUCGAAAAAUCAUCAAAACCACCAGUUGCUGCCAGUGGAAGAAGCUGCUGAAGAGUUUAAGGGGGAACUGCAAACCUCCCUGAAGCCAGUUCAGGACAAGAAGAAGGAACGGGAAGCUGUAAAAAGUGAUUAUGAGAAAACAUUUUCCCACCUUCAGGACCAAGGUGCAAAUGCAGAGAAACAGAUUAAAGCUAAAUUUGAAAAACUUCACCUGUUUCUCCGUGAGGAAGAGAGGAUUAUGUUGGAAGAUCUGAAACUGGAGAAAGAGAAAAAGAGUCAAGAGAUGAAGGAGAGGAUUGAGAAGAUAACGGAAGAAAUCUCAUCACUUUCAGUCACUGUUCAGGAUAUUGAACAAAAGCUGAGGGAACAGGACACCAUCACAUUUUUAACAAAAUUUCCGGAAACACAGAAAAGAGUGAAGCGAACUCUCCCAGAGCCACAAAAGGUUUAUCCUUUAAUAAAUGUGGGCAAGUACAUGGGCUCCCUGCAGUACAGAGUGUGGAAAAAGAUGCUGACAGUGAUUAAUACAG